AUGAGGUGUAGGUUUUUUGAUCUUCACAAUGUAUUUCCUGAAUAUUUUGUUAUUUCCGUACCGCUUUUUGAUGAUGUUAUAAAAGAUGAGUUGGAUGAGUGGUUAUAUUUUGCUAAACAUUCUGAAGUUAAAGAUGAUUUUAAGUCACCUUAUAUGAAAAAAGUAGCAGAACGUCUCAGUGUUCUAAAAAUGACUACAGAAGAACGUCAGCACUAUCAGAAUUAUGUCAAUGAAUCGCUAAAAGAACGUGAUUAUCUAGUUGCAGCUAAAACUGAAGAUAAAGCUGAAGAUAAAAUAGAAAUAGCAAAAAAAAUGCUAAAAGAAGGCUAUACUGUAGAAACAGUAAGUAAAUUAACAACAUCAUCAUAUGAAGAAAUAGAAAAAUUAAAAGAUAUAUUAUGA